CCAGAUAAGACUGACUGAAAUCUUCAUUCGUUUUCUGCUUGCCGAGUGGUUUAAAAGAGAAUAGUUUUGCUAUUAUUUUGUUAUUUGCAACAAUGACUAAGAUAGUGCAAGUCGCGUGUACAGGGAUAGUAUGCUGCCUCUGCUUAAGCAUGGGCGUGAUGUUCUCAUGGCCCUCAUCCACGCUGCGUCUCUUCGAAUCGCGGAACACCACACUCCACCGGCCCAUGACAGAGGGUGAGCUGGCUCUCUUCGGCAGUCUGUCUUCCAUCGGUGCGUUGAUCAGCACCCCAGUAGCUGGCAUGUUCCUUGAUAGGUUGGGGCGAAAGUAUUCCGCGAUUGUAUUUGGACUGAUGGCAGUGCUAUCCUGGGUAAUGAUAAUCAGCUGCAAUCGAGUAGAAGUACUAUUGACAGCUAUCUUCGUAUCGGGUCUUAGCGGCGCUGUGUUCCUGGUAGUGCCUGUGUUUGUCAGUGAGAUUUGCGAGGAAUCCAUACGAGGCGCGAUGACUUCAGGCACCAUGAUCUUCUACGGAAUCGGUAUGCUGAUCUCCUAUCUCCUCGGAGGGCUUCUGGAGUACCACACGAUGACCUACGUCUGCCUGACCAUGUCAGUUAUGGUGACUGUGAUGCUGAGCUUUCUUAAAGAAUCGGCGCCUUGUUUGUUGGCGAAGGGUAUGGAAGAGGAAGCAAAGAAGUCAAUUGCCUUCUACACACAAGCAAAAAUAGACUCCAAAGAAGUAAUGGAAGAGAUGAAUAUCUUACGAAGGGCCCUUCAAGCCGAUUUGGACACUCCUGAUGCCACUCCUGAGGAAGAAAAGUUGAAACCACUGGAUAAGCCAAAGGAGAAAUUGUCGACUUAUCAGUUUAUUAAACGGUCCCGUUCAACCCGACAAGCUCUCCUCAUGUGCUUCGUCAUUAUGACAGCGGCGAUCUUCCAGGGUCUGGUGGUGAUUCAGGUCUACGCCGAGCCAUUGUUCGAGGAGGCAAUCCCCAACAUGUCGGCUACUGUGUGCAGUGUAUUGAUGGCUGUUGUUACUAUUGUGGCCGGGUUACUGGCAGCGUAUCUUACCGAAGUGGCUGGUAGACGGCCCUUGAUGAUAUACGGGUCGAUCGCCUCUGGACUCACUUGCGUCCUACUGGGAACCCAAAUCCACUUCCACUGGGGUCCUAAUUGGGUGACAGCGGUGGUCAUUUACCUGUUUGCUAUAAUGUACAGUCUAGGGGCUGGCACAGUGCCCUACGUUCUAGCCGCAGAAGUGUUCCUGCCUGAAGUGAAGAGUUUCGUCACGAUGCUGGUGGUGGAAUGGGCGUGGUUAUGCAACUCCGUCAUUCUUUUCAUUUUUAACCCACUACUCCACGCGAUAGGGCUUGGCCCAGUCUUCUAUAUAUUCGCGGUAGUUUGCUUCCUCACAGCUCUAUACUGCAUUGUUUAUAUGCCUGAGACUAAGGGUCUGGCUGUAGACGCCAUCCAGACGUUGUUUAUUAAGCGAAGAAAAGGGCGGGAAUAUUAAAUUUUUAGGUUAGUUUUUUGUGAAAUUAUUAUGUGAAGCAGUUUUAAUUCUUAGUUCGUAAUUAACGGGUAACCAAAGAAUAUAACUUGUAGACAUACUAUGCGAAGAUAUAAUAGCAUUGUAUAAAUUAGUUUUAAUGUGCUUUAUAUUUCAAAGAGAAAUCGCUAGAAUGACACGAAUUUAUAGUUUGAUUGUUGAAUUAAUGUUGUUAUUGAACAUCAUUCUGAGGGUCAGAUAUAAUAAUAAAAUUAUUAACUAAAUAGUUAAGAAAUAUGUUUUAAAACAUAAAGUUUUACCCAGAGUCUAUAAUAUCUAACCUAAUAGGUGAUCGGUAAAACGGGGGUGAAUAGAUCCUAGGGCAAAAAGGGAGCGAAAUUUCGAUCGAAAUGCAAAUUGCAACUUUAGUAUAAUUUUUACGUGGGUUAUACAGAUAAGUAGCUUAAUUAUUUUUUAAUCCCUUCAGUCCUCUUCACCGGUAUUCUAUCUUUUUUGUAGUUUCAUGAAAGAAUGUUACAAGAAUCUAGAUUUAUACUGCAAUAAAAAUCAUAAAAAUAAUACCAUUUCUCCGUUGCCGUGUGAAAGGACAAACCAACGAACACACUUUCUUAAUUCUCUUGGUAACACCAAAAAAGUUUUUACCUGUCAGUAUAUUGGUUGAUAAUUUAAAAAGAUCUUAUCGUAAAUAGCGUAAUAAAAAGAAAUUAUUGUGACGCGUUA